AUGGGAUUCACCGAUUACAAGUUCGAGGGCUGGAUGGGCCUCGACAAGGAGGCUGUCAAUGGCAACAUGGUCUGGCAAGAAUUCGAGCCCAAGCCGUGGGAGGAGACCGACAUUGACAUGCGGGUGACACACUGUGGUAUCUGCGGCUCUGAUAUGCACACCAUGCGCAGUGGAUGGGGCCCUACCAUCUACCCCUGUUGUGUCGGACACGAAGUCGUCGGCAUUGCCGUCCGGGUCGGCUCCAAGGCCGAGGGAAAUAUCAAGGUCGGUGAUCGCGUUGGCGUCGGUGCGCAGAGUGGUUCCUGCCAGAACGCCGACGGCAACUGCGAGGCCUGCGCCAAUGGCCUCGAGCAACACUGCAAGCGCAUUGUCGGCACAUACAACGGCAUCUACGCCAACGGCGGCAAGUCAUAUGGUGGAUAUUCUCUGUAUAAUCGGUCGCCGUCGCACUUCGUCAUCAAGAUUCCCGAUGCCAUUCCCUCUGCCGAGGCUGCGCCUAUGCUCUGCGCUGGAGUCACUACCUAUUCGCCUCUGAGGCAGCACGGGUGUGGUCCGGGCAAAAAGGUGGGUAUUGUCGGUGUUGGCGGCCUGGGUCACUUCGGUAUCCUCUUUGCCAAGGCCCUGGGCGCUGACCGCGUCGUGGCCAUCUCUCGCAAGGCCGACAAGAAGGAAGAUGCGUUGAAGCUGGGCGCCGAUGCUUACAUCGCCACCGAUGAUGAUGCGGACUGGGCCACAACCCACGCCGAGUCUCUGGACCUGAUCAUCUCCACCGUGUCCUCAUCUAAGAUGCCCAUCAUGGGCUACUGCCAGCUGCUGCGCCUCCGAGGUACUUUUGUCCAGCUCGGUAUCCCUGAGGAUGGCGCCCUCGAGAUUCCGGCCUUUGCCCUGAUUGCGAAGAGCAUCAAGCUCACUGGCUCCCCGAUGGGCAGCCCUGAGGAGAUUCGCGAGAUGCUCGAGCUUGCGGCCGCCAAGAAGAUUAAGCCGUGGAUUGAGGAGCGGCCGAUGAAAGAGGCCAACCGGGCAAUCCAAGAUAUGGAUGCUGGCAAGGCUCGGUUCCGUUAUGUGCUGGUUAACGAGUGGUAA